CGAUUUUGACGUGAUUAGUGUGGUUUGGUCGUUCAGAAUAUAAACUUAUAAAUUUGAAAGUUGUGAGUGACGAAAAAUGAAACGCAAUAAUGUCAAAAAUGGAAAUGGUGAUGAAUUUUUUGAAUCUGAUGAUGAUGAUAACAAUGGUGAUUAUGGCUGCAGUAUUUUUACUAGCGAUUCCGAUUCUGAUGACGACGACGAUGAAAGCGGUGAACCACCAGUUAAAAGACGGAAAAAUCUAGAAGAAUCGUCCUCAUCGUCAGAAUCUUCAAUAGAUGAUGACAGUGACUCAGGUUCUAGUUCUGCUGAAUCAGAAACUUGCGCCAUCUGUCUUGGAAAACUGAAGAACAAUAAACCUGUUGCGACACCAGAUGUCUGUGAUCACACGUUCCAUGUUAACUGUAUCAUAGAAUGGUCUAAGAAUGUCAACACAUGUCCAAUUGAUCGAAUGGUUUUCAGUCUCAUACUGGCUCGAGAUAAUUUGUUGGCCACUGAAGCUAAUGGAAUUCCUAUCGAAAGACGUAGAGAGCAUGACGGCGAGGACGACGACGAAGAGGAGAUGGAUGUGACAAGAUGUCAGAUCUGUCAGAGGAGCGAUGGUGAAGACAGACUGCUGCUAUGUGAUGACUGUGAUGAUGGCUAUCAUUUGGAAUGUUUGACACCUCCUCUUACAAGAGUGCCGCGUGGUGAUUGGUUCUGUCCAGAAUGUGUUGUAAGACGAGAGAGCAUGGCGGCAGCAUCUGCAGACACGUCGAGGGCAUCACGCAUCAUUGCUAGGACACUGGUCACUCGAAGAGUCCUUGGAGAACUGCAAAGGAAUGGCUUACUGGCUCACUCAAGUGAUGAAGAUGACGAAGAUGAUGAGGGGGAGGAAGAAGAAGAUGAUGAGGAUGAGGGGGAGGAAGAAGAAGAUGAUGAGGAUGAAGAUGAUGAUGAGGAUGAUGAGAACGAGGACGACGAUGUUCUUCAGGAUUUGUUCAAUGAUAACCUGUCUGAUGACCAUAAUGACGUCAAUGAGGAUGAAGAUGACGAAGAUGCGAAUGUCAUUCUGCUAAAAUUUCCCAAAGAACCCAAAACAACAUCUGCGAGAAAAGGUAAAAGUAAUCUAGCAGCACUAAAAACUGGUAGAAAGAAGACAAAGGGAACGAGCAAUAGGAAAAGGAAGAAGACAGGGAAACGUAGGAAAAAGAAGAGUAGGAAGAGACAGAAGUUGCUGAGAGAUGAUGACGGCAACAUUAUCAUUCAACCUUCGACUUCUACUAAAAAAAGCAAGAAGAAAAGUAAGAGGACCAAGAGAAAAACAAAAAAGAGGAAAGCAAAAAAUAAAGCACCGUUACCUGUGAUUGGCAGUCGUACAAGACUGGCCAGAAAAUUGGGCAUCGUGCCCCCAUUGGCUGGCCACUUCCUGCCCCAAAUGGUCAAGCCCUCCCCCUUGGAAAGGUUCAAGGCCAGCAUGUGUCAGGGCAUUGUCCCACAUAUCUUUGGAUGUGAUCCUGAAUAUCUGCCAACAGUGUUCGUAGUUUUUUUUUUAAUGUUUUGCUAUAUAGAUGCUAAAUUUAUGUUGGCGCUUGUCAAAUCAGCAGCAUCAUCAUCAUCAUCAUCAUCAUCAUUUGACCUACUGGGUGACAUUUUGAAGAGUCAGUCAGUUCUGCACAUGAGGCGUGGUGAAGUUACUAUUCAGAGGGACGGCGGGGAUCUUUUUGUCAUAUUCGAACCCGGUUACUGCGAAACAGCACCAGGCGACCUUAACCAUUAG